AUGCAUCAGAACACUAAGUGUGGCAAGUUCAGGUACAGCAGUGUGUGUGGGGCUCUGCGCAGUGUGUGUGUGACGGAGGGUCCGGCCGCUCUCUUCUCCGGCUUCACGGCGACGCUGCUCCGAGACGUUCCCUUUUCCGGGAUCUACGUCAUGUUCUACAGCCAGGCCAAGGCGGCGCUCCCCACAGAGAUCAGCUCCUCCCCCUCCGCCCCCCUCUAUAACUUCUCCUGUGGGCUGCUCUCGGGGGUGUUAGCCUCCCUGAUCACGCAGCCGGCUGACGUGGUGAAGACUCGGGUCCAGGUGAACACACACCUGAGGACCGCCGAGGCCAUCAGACACAUCUACAGGGAGCAAAAAAUGCAGGGGUUCUUCAGAGGAGCCGUACCUCGAGCCCUGAGGAGGACCAUGAUGGCCGCCAUGGCCUGGACCGUGUACGAGCAGAUGAUGGCCAGAUUUGGACUGAAAUCCUGAAAAUAAGAAGAAAUAAGUGCCUGAAGUACAGACAGUCAGAAGUCACUGUCACACAUUUUUUUUAUGAAGACUGUGAAAUGGAUUUCCUUCCAAAAUGCACUUCAAGUGAAUCAGCCAAUCAGAGUGCAGGAUUUGCUUGGUUUUUUGACCAUGACGGAAAUAUAGUACAAGAUGAGACGAGUGUCCGAAAAAAUGCCUAAGACAUUUCCUCCAGCGCCUGAAAGUGUUUUGCUUCUACGACUUCUUUAAUGUCUUUUAUUUGUUUUAACCCAACAACAGAUGAAGACCGUGUACAUUUGUUUUUAAUUUAAUGUAUUUGUUUGUUUAUAAGACUUAAAAUGUCACUACAAAAAGAGAUGAACAUGUUGUACAGGUCUUCUAAAUCUUGUUUUAUUUUAAGUCAUUGUUUUUAGUUUUUAUAUUUCACCACAACAACAAGAAGUCGGUGUACAAUUAUUAUUAUUUCUUUUGUUCCUUUUAAAAAAAGAAAAGUGUAUUAUUUCCCUGCAACACAGGAUGCAAAUGUGGUGUCUUUAUUUUUUAUUUAAUUUUUAUUUCUUUUUUUGAAUCACUUUUUAUUCCCACAUAACAGUAGUUAUUCCCACUUUUCAGUCAAAUGUGUUUAUAUUUGUAUGACUAUGUAUAACUUUCCCUUUAAAAUGUGAGUGCUUCUCCCCACUUCUGAUCUCAGACUGCAGUAAUCAUGAUUUAAGUCGCAUAAUGCACUUUAACCCCGGCUGUUAUGUCAUGCUUCUUCUAACAACGGUGUUAUUUAUAUUCUGACUUAAACUGCACCUAAAACACCCUGAUUCUUGUCUGACAUUUACUUUCAUGCAUCCUUCACAUGUGCUCUCUUUAUGGAGGCUGUUUGA